CAGUUAACAUGUAACAGAGAUUGUUUUUUAAUGUGGCAUUACUUCCAUGUAAGUGAAGGAUCUGAAUACUUCCUCCUGGAUAACACUUUUGAUUAUAACAUAGACAAAAUGUCAGUCAAUCAAUCAUUAACAAUAAUGGAGGAAGCAAGUAAUAAAAAACGGAUCCAAGCCUAUUUUCCCCCACAGUUUGAGUGAAGUUAAGGGCACACAAUCUCUCUUCGAGGGCAUUCAUAAUGUUUCACUCAUUUGUACACAGAAAAAGUGACAGAAGUAGUCAUGUGAAGAAAGAAAGAAAAAAGAAGGCCUCUGAGAAAUUCAUACCCUGCUUACUUUCUCACCUCCACACACCUGAACAAUCGCUGUGUGAAGUUCAGGUCAGUGUCGGAUUGGCUGAACAUCAGACGCCAUAACCAUGAAUUACUUCUGAGAAAAGAAUAACUUUUAAUUAAUAUAUCUUAUGUUAUACAACUUUGAACGAAUUCAGACUAACAUGUUAUAUUUAAAUCGAAUGCAGCCCCAACAUUAUUCCCUCUCUGCUGUCUCGCUGGGAGGCAAUCUAAUGUGUGCCACAGCGAACAGCCUCACCUAUUCACAAGUUUUCCACCUAUGGUGUCAAAUUGAAAAUGCCUUCUCCAAUUACUUUUCAGAUUGUUUGGUGUCAUGUUUAUCCGUUCAGCACAGUUUGCCAGUUUUCUCCAUUUUGUCUUGGCAAAGAGAAAAACAAGUCUAUUGAGGGUAACGGGGGGCACAGAUGGCAUUUUAGGAAUAGGAACAAUUUUGAAUUUUAAACCGAUGAUUUCAGAUCAAAUAUUAAAUCUUUAAAUAAACAGUAGUCUGAAUUUUUAAUAAAAUGUGCAAAACCUGUCCCUGCAGCUGCUUGUGGCUUUAGAUGCGCUAAACUACUUCAUUUGGACAUCAAGCUGGAUAAAAUCAUGGUUUAUUAACAAGGUAAACUUAAUUGAUUUUGGUGUGGCCCUCCAAGCCUCUGAAGUCUACAGCGGGACGAAUAUUGAAAAUAUAUGAUACUAUAUAAUUGUGAUAUCUUCAACCUCUUCUUAACAGUUGGGUUCGACCUGGCACAGCUCAUCUGUCUUUUGUGAUGUGAUAGUGCUCCAGUGUUUGAACAGUAUCACAUUGUCAGAUGUUUUCCUGGUCCCCAAAGCUUGCGCACAUAUCUUAUUUUUGUCUCCCGAGGUUCCUUUGGGCCUCCCACUGCUGUAGACACAGGGCGCCUAGGUUGCAGCCUCGCAUUAUUGUACCUCGCAGACACCCGAUGUGAUAGAGAGAGUGAAUAUAAUAUGCUGACUAAUCUAACAUACUUAGAUUUGAUUCUCUAGCUUCACACAGACAGCUACAGACAUAUACAGUCUACAGUCUAAACCCAAAGGGAUACAUGAUUCUGGCUGAUGCGGUUGUAUAUAUUCCCUUUCCAUCGACAAGCUCCUCAGUGCUGGAUGAUACAAAAAACUUCUUCAUGUAGAACCACCACUUUUUUUUCUUCUUUUUUUAGCUUUGGACGGAGCCAGGCCAGUGGUUUCACCUUGUGUUCAGUCUUUAUGCUAAUCUAUACUGUGUUUCCUGGCUUUAGAUUCAUAUUUAAAUAAAAAGGUGGCAAUGAUUUUUUUUUUAAAAUCCAACUGUCAACAAUAAAGAAAAUAUUCCUCAAAAUGUCAAACUAUUUCCUUAAUUGACUUGGCUUGUAGCAUUUUACUCAUGUGUGAAUCAGUAUAUAGCAAUCUGUCUACCUCCUCCUGCCUGUUAAUCAAAGUGUUUGCUAUCACCAACUCCACAAGUGACUGCAGCAGAAGAAUGAGUCUAUGUUUGCUUUGUUUAUUUUUCUUCCCUCCCCUUCAACCAGUGCCAAGAAGGCAGUAGUAAUAAGUACUAUAUUAAAGAGCCUCUGUGCCUGACAUGCUCAGUUCAGUUUGUGUCAGAGCUACCUGUAUUAAAACAUUUAGCAGAGUGCCUGCCACAUUUUGGGGUAUUUGGGGUUUCUUUUUUCGUCAAGGUGCUCCAGUCGAACAUCUGAACCAGCACCAUGAACUGGGCCUUCCUUGAGGGCCUCCUUAGUGGGGUGAACAAGUACUCCACGGCAUUCGGUCGCAUCUGGCUCGCCAUCGUUUUCAUCUUCAGGCUCUUGGUCUUUCUGGUAGCCUGUGAGAAGGUCUGGGGUGACGAGCAAAAGGACUUUGAUUGCAACACCCGGCAGCCUGGUUGUCAGAAUGUCUGCUACGACCACUACUACCCCAUCUCUUAUACCCGACUCUGGGCUCUCCAGCUGAUCUUUGUCACCUGCCCGUCCCUGCUCGUGACUCUCCAUGUGUCCUACCGAAAAGAACGCGAGCGCAAACAUCGGCUGAAGUACGGAGAAAACUGUGCACCUCUGUAUGAUAACACAGGGAAGAAGCGAGGGGGUCUUUGGUGGACCUACUUCUUUAGCCUGUUAUUUAAGAUAUCGGUGGAUGCUGUGUUUGUCUUCCUGCUGUUCUAUAUCUACGAGGCCACUUUCUUCCCACCAUUGGUGAAAUGCACUGAAGAUCCAUGUCCUAAUGUGGUGGACUGCUACAUUGCCAGGCCCACAGAGAAGAAAAUAUUCACCAUCUUCAUGGUGGUGACCAGCUUUGUGUGCAUCUUCCUCACUCUUUGCGAGGUCUUCUACCUGUGUGGGAAGAGGUUCUCGGAGUGCUGCAAAGAAGGACCCAGCUCACCGAGAGAAAAUUCCUUCAUGAUGGUUAAGACUCCUCUGACUGGGAAGGAGAACUUGUACAACGAGUCCAAGACGGUUGAAAAAGGCAACAGAGAAGCUGGCAUAGAGAGUUCAGCCCCGGCAUACACCAUAGCAGUUUCCUGAGAGACAUCAUGGUAUAUCAUGAGUUUGACUUGAGAGAAUAGAACAAGGUUACAAACAAUGUUAGGUAGUUUUUGUACUGUUGGCCAGAUGUAUCUGCAAAUAAUUAGGUUUUAAAGAAAAUGUUGUUUACAAAGUUUUUUUUGUCUGUUUUUGUCCCGUAAUAGAACUGAACACGUAUGAAUUAUUUUUAAAGGCUUGAGACCUAAAAUAACUGAUGUACGUUAAAAAUGAUUUACUUUACUUUGAUUAUUUAUAUGAUUAUUUGUUAUGCUUGAUUGUUUUAUUGUCUG